UAGCAACAUGGCGGCGUUCUUUGCCUUUCUGAACAGGAGUUCUCUCCGAGCUAUUUAUCGGUUAAAAGUAGUGAGUGAGAGUCACGACGCCUCAAAGAUUCAUCAGCUGCGACAUUUGACCUCAUGCACAAGUGCAAGAACGCCGAAGAGACAAGUUCACAAGCACACAUCACGAUGUCUACCCAGUCCCAGCAGCUGGCACGUACACUACCUACGACACAUUUCAACGACGUCGGUACUCAGCGACGAGUUUCGAGUCGUCAAGUGUCCACAACUUGCCGAGUCAUUGAGUGAAGGUGACAUACGAUGGAACAAAGCUGUUGGUGACACUGUACAAGAAGAUGAAGUCAUCUGUGAAGUUGAGACAGACAAGACUUCAGUGCCGAUUCAUGCACCGGCUGCGGGAGUGGUUGCCGAGCUCCUCGUCGAAGACGGAGCAACGAUUCAGCCUGGCAAGGAGAUCAUGAAGCUCAAAGUUGGAGCUGGUGGCGGAGCGGCGUCAGCAGCGCCUCCACAAGCAGCGGCGGCAGCGCCAGCAGCACCGUCACCACCAGCCGCCGCUGCCGCUUCGGGCGCCGGCGAAGUGCGGACCGUCAAGUGCCCGCAGUUGGCCGAAUCGCUGAGCGAAGGAGACAUCCGCUGGAGCAAAGCUGUUGGUGACACUGUGGCCGAGGACGAAGUUAUUUGCGAAGUAGAAACUGACAAGACAUCAGUGCCAAUCCACGCUCCGGCCGGUGGAGUCAUCCUCGAGAUCCUCGCCGCCGAUGGAACCACAGUGCAGCCUGGCAUGGACAUCUUCCGACUGCAGGUUGGAGGAGCUGGUGGUGCCCCUGCCGCUGCGCGCCCGGCAGCAGCACCGGCAGCUCCAGCGCCAACGCCGGUGACCAGCACGCCGCCUCCAGCCGCGUCAUCGGGACCAAUACCGACAACGCCGCCUCCCACGCCAGCAAUGCCCACAGGACCAAUGGCCUCGAUUCCAGUGUCCAGCAUUCAGGUACCGGGCCCCGCUGCGCAAGCCGCUGCUGCAGCGGCCACAGCAGCAGCACCAGUUGGCGCAAGAACAGAGCAAAGGGUGAAGAUGAACCGUAUGCGGCAAAGGAUCGCACAACGUCUAAAGGAUGCACAAAAUGUAUAUGCCAUGCUGACUACGUUCAACGAGGUUGACAUGACGAAUGUCAUCCAGAUGAGGAAUAAGUACAAGGACACCUUUGCCAAGAAGCAUGGCGUCAAGCUGGGGUUCAUGUCUCCAUUUGUCAAGGCUGCCGCUUUUGCCCUGCAAGACCAACCAAUUGUUAAUGCGGUCAUCGAUGAGCAAGAAAUUGUGUACCGUGACUACAUCGACAUCAGUGUGGCAGUUUCAACGCCAAAGGGCCUUGUCGUGCCUGUGAUUCGCAACUGUGAGCGAAUGAACUACGCUGACAUCGAGAAGGCCAUCUUCGAGCUGGGCGAGAAGGCCCGCACCGGCAGCUUGGCCAUCGAGGACAUGGACGGUGGCACCUUCACCAUCAGCAACGGUGGAGUCUUUGGCUCCAUGUUUGGCACACCCAUCAUCAACCCACCCCAGUCGGCCAUCCUCGGCAUGCACGCCAUUUUCGAAAGGCCCGUGGCCAUCAGUGGAAAGGUUGAGAUCCGGCCCAUGAUGUACAUUUGCUUGACCUACGACCAUCGGCUGAUCGACGGCAGGGAAGCUGUAACGUUCCUCAAGAAGGUCAAGUCCGCGGUCGAGGACCCUAAUGUGCUUGUGCUUGACGUCUAGCACUGGAUCGGAGCCCGGUGAUGCACCACGUAUAGAAAUGUCUGGAUAAAGUUAAAUGUGAGAGGCCUGGCACACUAUGGUGGAUUGUACUUGAGAGGCGCACUUCAAAGUCUGAAGAUUUUUUAUUUAGGUCUUUACAACCAUUUUGCGGAAAGAUGUUUUGAAGCUAGAUGUAGUAAUUUGGAACGGGCACAGCCAACAGCUUCACAGCAGCCCUAGUGUUGUUGCCUUUCGUUUGUGUACAGGCCUGCCACUUCUCUUAAUUUUAUUAUUUUUUUCAUUCAUCUAGAAAGUGAAACACCUUCAAUAACACAGAAAGGCACUACUUGCAAGGAGACGGUGUCUUUGUACGAUUGUUUACUGACUGCUUUACUAGAAUGUUUCGAAAGCAGUUUUGAGAAAGGCUGGAGAAAAGUGUUUUUGUUUUUACCUUUUAUCGAGAUCACACUUGCCGGUUUCAAGAUAAAAGGGCAUGAUUCAUUAAACCAUGUUACAAAGCUCU